AUGCCGCCAGUAGCAAAAGCCCCCGCCAUCGAAUGCGCAACUUUCGAGGUCACGUUCGGAGCUGAGCCAAAUCAGAACCUGGACGAAGCCACUGAUAAGGCCAAGCAAUUUCCGCUGGCGAAGAGUGCUGCCAACUUGAAGAUGUUACGGCUUCGAGUGGAUUACGCAAAGGUCAAGUCCAUGAGCAGCAAGGAGCACUUGAAGAUUCUGCCGAUAAUGGACCGGAUCAGACACCUUACCACCGGCAAGAUAAGCGCCGACAUUGAUUCGCCAAUCGGCAACAUGAUACGCGGGGACAACACUGCGCUGCUUCAAGAAAGUCGUAUCCAACGAGAGCAGCUAGGCCUACUCCAAGGCUGUCGAAUCAAGGUCAACCGGCUGGCAAGCCGCCGAGUUAUGAUCAUCGAGGUCUGGACCGGCAAAGUCGCCUCAUCAGAUGCAGAAAAGGUGCCAAAUGAAGUCAAGGAAUUUGACUUCGGAGACAAGAAACAGGGCAUCAGCUACCGUAUCAAAGGUGCUCACAUGUUCAGGGACGAGACUGAAGAGGAUAAGGAGGCUCUGCAAAAGGAGUAUAAGAUCAAAGACUCUUUCGGUCCUACCUUUGGCUGGCAAUUCAACGUGAUCAAGAGUCCAGUCUGGUCAAAUGCCCCCCUUUGCGGUAUCCUGCGCAAUUCGGUCCCUUCGGAGGAGUUUGACUUUUUUUGUGGAGAGGCUCGAGGUGUGAGCUUAGAGCCAAUUGAGAACGAUGGUAAUUUUGUAAAGAACGGCUCAAUCGUUAUCUUGUUGCUGACUGUGAUAGUGCUUGGCGAGAGAUCAAGGCUUGCUUUAAAAAUGGGCAUGAAAGAGUUCGACGCGUGGUCUCAAUUAUGCGGAGGCUACAUCAAGUCAAUUGCCAAAUCCUCGAAGCUCCCGAUCAUCGACCUUUUUGGCGGCGGACACCCUGUUCCGGAGAAGAAUAAGGGCCCAAAGAUCACAAUCCCAAAGGAUGUGACAAGACACUGCACUCCCACCCAAAUAAAGGGUAUUGACCAGGCCCUCGAUUGCAGAGUCUCGUCCAUUUGGGGCCCACCUGGCACAGGGAAAAGCUCCGUCCUCGCUUUCAUCGUGUGCUGGCUUGCAAGCUUGGGCGAGCCCGGAUCGGACAACAUCGAGAAGGUACUGGCAACGGCUCUGACGAAUGCUGCCGUGGAUGCACUUAUGGGGUCAUGUGUCGAGCGGUGGAAAAAGAUGUUCCCAAAUAAGCCCGCCCCUUUUGUUCGCGUCUUCUCUGAGUCUCAGAUUCGGGCUCAGCUUAAGAAUAAGGAUAGAGAAGCACUGGAGGAUGCAUUCCACCUUGACAAUGUCCGCUUGCGAUACGCUCGGAGUCACCCAGGCUUUGACGGCUUUAUCGAGGGACGCAAAGCUUUAUGGGAGGACGGCGACUUCGACAGUGAGGGUCAGGUCAAAGGGUAUAAUGAGUCGAUCACGAGUCUCAAUGAGGCAUUGCUCUGGGAAGGGGAUGAGGUUCGGGUAGUAUUCUGUACAAUCGCAAGCUGCACGUCCCAAUCGCUCUUCGAGGUCUCGAAGAUCGAUGGCAAGCUGCAAGAGACAGCCACUCGAAAGCCGUUCUUCAAGCCAAGAACAGUCAUUAUCGACGAAAUUGGCGUCGUCAACAGGCCUCAGAUGAUGAUACCAGUGAUGGCGUUCCAAACCACAGAACGUCUAAUACUCGCUGGUGACCCUAAGCAACUCGGGGGCGUCUAUUUCUCAGAGGCGGCCAAACUCGCAUGGCAAGCUGGAGGCUGCUACUUCAAUGACAUCCUCGCAAGGAGCUGGCCUUGCACAUGUGAUCAAACAGUCCUUGAUCGGCAAUUCCGCAUGCACGACGAUCUAUACGCGCACCUCGUUGCCGUCAUAUAUAAGCAGUAUGUUCUUCACCGUCUAGAUUUCUGUGAACGCGAGACUAAAAGAUUACCAAGGGAAAUCUCAUCUCGUUAUAUGACGAACAACCCAAGCUCAUUCUUGCAACAUUUGCAAAAGAACGUGCUCCCGCUCCACCUCGAGGCUAAUGGGGAUGUUUUUAAUAUCUCUAGCUACCUCAAUUUCAUUGACGUCGAUGGAGUUCAACAGCCUGAAGGCACAAGCAGCUUCAAUCAGGCAGAAGUUGAAGGUGUUUGCAAUCUGGCUGCUACUUUGAUUGGUCAAGGGGCAAGCAAAAAUGACAUUGCCAUCCUUACUGGCUACGCUGCUCAGAGGAAGAAAAUCCAACGUCGGCUUAAAGAGAUGGGCUUAGAUGGUAUCGCAAUGCCAGGCAUGACUAUUGAUGCUUCCCAAGGUAAAGAAUGGAAGAUCGUCAUUGAUAGCCUUGUGACAAGCAAAGGCCAGACCGGCUUCAUCGGCCAUAGUCCCCGUGCUAAUGUAGGCACCUCACGUCAAGCGGAGAUGCUUUACUUUGUGGGUAGCGCGAGCUUCUGGAUCGCAGGUGGCCGUAAAGAAGGACCACAAUUUAUGCACGAUAUCCUGCGGCAUAUGAAUGAAAAUGCUGGGCCCAGGAACCGAGAACCUUUCGUUGUUCGUGCAGAAGGAUUGCCCUGCCCCCCACCAACUCGACUUGCUCUUCCUGCUGCUCCUGCAUCAUCCUCAGCUGCUCCAACCGCCACUACGGGCAGUAAUAAAGGCAAACAAAUCGAGGCCGAAAAUGUCGAGGAUAGCCCAGCAGUGAAACUCGACGAGCAACUCAGAAUUGCCGAUGAGGAUCGUGAGGAGUUGUUGACAGAGUUCAACGAGAAGGUCGAGAACGAGCUGCGGAUCUUUGACGAAGAUAUUGCCAGCCGUAUGCAAGCACGCGAGCAGGGGUUGAUGCAAUUUGAAAAGCGAAGGGCGCAACUCGGAGAGGAAAAGGUCGAGUACGAGAAGAAGAUGGCAGCGGAGGAAGAAGAGUGGAAAGCAGAUCGCCAGCACAUGGUAGACUUGUUUGAGGAGGCGAAGAAGGAUUUGUUGAAAGCGUAA